AUGAAAUCUGCUCAUUUUCUACCUGUGCAACAAAGUGAUUCACUAGGCAAAUUGGCAGGAAUAAAUUGUAAGUUACAUGGAGUGCCAACAUCAAUUGUGUCAUACAGAGAUCCGCGGUUUACAUCUCAUUUUUUUGGGAAGUUUGCGAAGAGCUUUAGGGAUAAAAUUACAUUUCAGUACAGCAUUUCACCCCCAGACAGAUGGACAAUCGGAGAGGACAAUUCAAACAUUAGAAGAUGUGUUAAGAGCUUUUAUCAUUCGAGUAUCGGUAUGGCUGCAUAUGAAGCUCUAUAUGGCAGAAGAUGUAGAAGUCCUGUUUGUUGGGAUAUGGAUGAGUUACGACAAUUAGAAGAUCCUGAACUGAUACAAGAAACUGGCAUUAUACGGUUUGGCAGGCAAGGAAAAUUAAGUCCGAGGUACAUUGGCCCUUUUGAGAUAUUGGAAAAAGUUGGUCCCUUAGCUUAUCGGUUAGCACUUCCACAGGAAUUAUCGCAGAUACAUGACGUAUUCCAUGUUUCCAUGUUAAGAAGACAUAGAUCUGACCCUAGCCAUAUAGUACAAGAGUCAAAAAUACAGUUAACUGAAGAUUUAAAUAAUAAAGAGGAACCUGCUAGAAUUCUUGAUAGGCAGAUAAAAAAGUUACGUAACAAGGAAAUUCCAAUAGUAAAGGUUAAGUGGAGUCAACAUUCACCAAAAGAAGCUACAUGGGAAGUGGAAAAAGACAUGAGAGUUCAAUACCCUUACCUAUUUUCUGAGAAUGGUGAGUAA